CACACGCAAACUUCACGCGUCUGCGUUGGCAAAAUACUUUGAACAAAUUCUAAAAAGAAGAAAUCUAAUUGAUUAGAAAAACUUCAUGAUCAAAAUGAAAUACAGAGAGUUACUAUGUUUUUUCGUGCUUCUAAUAUUUUAUCAAGGAGAGGCACAGACCCGUACAAAGGGACUAGAAGAGAAAACGCAACAGUUAACUGAUAUGACAGUGAAAAAGUCUAUAAUACCAUUGAAUUUCAAUAAGUUUAAAGAGUAUGUGAAAUCUCCCCCUAAAGAUUACUCCUUUAUAGUAAUGUUUACGGCGAUGGCUCCAGCCCGACGAUGUGCCAUUUGUCAGCAUGUGUACGAUGAAUAUGUGAUCGUUGCGAACUCCUUUAGAUUCUCACAAGCUUAUAAUAAUAAAAUCUUCUUUGGUAUGGUUGAUUUUGAUGAAGGGUCUGAUGUAUUCCAAAUGCUUCGUCUUAACACAGCCCCUGUGAUCAUGCAUUUCCCUGCUAAGGGAAAGCCUAAGCCGGCAGAUUCUAUGGACUUUGAAAGGGCUGGUAUCCAUGCUGAAGCUAUAGCUAAGUGGAUCCAGGAUAGAACUGAUGUACAGAUCAGAGUAUUCCGUCCGCCCAAUUACUCAGGGCUAGUCGCCUUCGCAAUGCUCUUUCUCCUGGUAGCGGGCUUCCUUUACCUGAGACGGAACAAUCUUGAGUUCCUAUACAACAAACAGAUGUGGGCAGUCUGUGCAGUGUUCUUUUGUUUUGCCAUGGUCUCUGGGCAGAUGUGGAACCAAAUCAGAGGACCACCCUUCUUCCACAGGACGAAGAAUGGCCCGGUGUACAUUAACGGAGGCUCGCACGGACAGUUCGUGCUGGAAAGUUAUAUCGUAGCUAUUCUGAACGGUGCUGUGGUAGUGGGUAUGAUCCUUAUGAUAGAAGCGGCGGGCGGUGUGAAGAACAACGAUCCUGCUCGCACCCAGACUGAGGGAAAGAGACGCCGGUUCCAGUCCGUUGUAGGACUGGUGUUGGUUUGCGUGUUUUUCUCACUCCUGUUAUCUGUGUUUAGAGCUAAGACACAAGGAUACCCUUACAGUUUCCUUUUCAAAUAAGUGAAUGGUGAUAAGUGUGCAGUUUGUUGUGUGUGUUGCAAUAUAACAUCUUUAGUUGAUGGAAAUAAAAUGUUUUAAUAAUC